AUGGAUGAUCACCAGAAAACUAUGUGCAUAGGGGAACAACGAACAACAGCAGAACCAGUGGAAGAGCUAGAGGAAGUGACUCUUGAUGACUCAAGGCCCAAACGAAUGACUAGAAUGGGGGAGACGCCAUUUCGACUAGCAUAUGGGAGUGAGGCAGUCAUCCCAGCAGAGGUAGGGCUUGUAAGUUACCAGGUGGAGAACUAUGACAAAAACAAGAAUGAUGAAGCACUUUGCUUGCAACUUGACCUGGUGGACGAAGUAUGGGCAACAGCAGAGCAAAGGUUGGCGCGAUACCAAAACCUCAUGGCAAAGAACUACAACUCCAAAGUCAGGCACAGAGACUUCCAGGUCGAAGACCUAGUUUAA